AUGAAAAAGAAAUUUGGGAUUGACAUUGGUUAUCACAAGGCAUGGCGCGCUAUUCAAAAAGUUGUUGCUUGCAUAAGGGGAACACCUGAAGAGAACUAUCAGAUUCUUCCUUCAUACCUGCACAUGAUGGUGCGCAAAAACUCAGGAACGUACACGAGCACAAAAAGAUGUGGGCAAAAUAGAUUUGGUUACAUGUUCUUUGCUCCUGUGGCAUCAGUAGCUGGUUGGUCCUACUGCAGACCCGUUAUUGCAGUAGAUGCAAUGUUUUUAAAGUCAAAAUAUUGUGGUGUUCUAUUUAUUGUUGUAUCAAAGGAUGCAAACAAUCAAAUCUUACCUCUAUGUUUUGGUGUAGCAGAUUCAGAAAACAACGAGGCAUACAUUUGGUUCUUCGGGGAAAUGAGGAAAGCAGUUCAAGUCCGUCGUGAACUGGUUUUCUUGUCAGAUAGAAACCAAUCGAUUGCAAAUGGGAUUAGAAAAGUUUUUCCUAAAACUCACCAUGGUAUCUGCCUCUAUCACUUUGAGAAAAAUUUAAAGCAAAGACAUGCAAAAGCCACGGUAAUAAAUCUAUUUCAAAGUGCUGCAAGGUCAUACAAACGUGAAGAUUUUAAUCAGUUAAUGUCCCAACUCAAAAGUGUUGACAAGAAAACAUACAAUUACAUAAUGGAAGAGCCUCCAGAGAGAUGGGCUCGAUCGUGGUUCCCACGGCGAUGUUAUGCUAUGCUAACAACAAACAUGGUAGAAUCAAUGAAUUCCGUUUUACUAAAAGGGAGAGAAAUGCCUAUUUUAAGAAUGUUAGAUUUCAUCCAAGAAACGUUGGGAGAGUGGUUUUACGAACGAAGAAAAAAGGCAAAUGAAACUUUCACAGAAUAUCAAUAUGGGCAAAAGAAGAGAUGA